CCCUCGCUUCCGGGCGGCCCUUGGCUUCCGGCGCGGCCCCUUUUUGGCGUUCUCGGGCGAGGCCCGGUCCGGCCCGGUUCCUGUUGGCUCCGCGCUGCGGGACCAGGCGGUUGCAGAUGAGCACGCCCCCGCGCUGAGUGCCUGGCAAUGGCGACGCCCUGGCAGAGAGCUCUGCUGAUGCUCCUGGCUUCCCAGGCCGUGGUCCUAGCCCAGGUUGCGGAGGACGACAAUGACGUGCCAGAAGAGUGGCUCCUCCUGCACGUGGUCCACGGCCAGAUCGGCGCCGGGAACUACAGCUACCUGAGGCUCAACCACGAGGGCAGGAUCAUCCUGCGGAUGCAGAGCCUGAGCGGCGAUGCAGACCUGUACGUGUCAGACAGUACCCUUCACCCAAGCUUCGAUGACUACAAGCUGCAGUCUGCCACCUGUGGCCAGGACUCCGUGGCCAUUCCCGCGCACUUCCAGCGCCCCGUGGGUAUAGGCAUCUACGGACACCCGUCCCACCAAGAGAGUGACUUUGAGAUGAAAGUGUACUAUGACCGGACGGUGGACCAGUACCCCCUGGGCGAUGCAUACUCUUCAGAUGGUGCAGACACUGGUCAGAAGCACGCCUAUGCUCCAGAGGAGGCAUCGCAAGAGGAGGAGUCCGUUCUCUGGACGAUAGUAAUAAGCAUCUUGAAACUGGUACUUGAAAUUCUUUUCUGAUUCCUUGAGCAUGCUCUGGAGAGUAAUACUGUCCUUAAUUGGAAGAAAUGACUGCAGUGUGCUGUGAAUUUUGCUGCAUUUAUCUGGUUGAAAUUCUAGCUACCUAUGUGGACAAGGGAUGGAAAAAUAGCCAUAUGGUUUUGUUACCUCAGUUACCCCCAAAAUAGGAAAAUGGAUCAUAGUAUUUUUUUAAAGAUCAAAAUUCCUGUGAAAGGAUAUGUUCAAUAAAAUGUUUAAACUACAUUCGGAUUAGUUUUUCAGGUUUGGUCAAACAGAUUAUUGCAGUCACAGAUUAGAUUAAAAGGUUGAUAACUAUAAUUUUACUGCAGACAUUCUGAAAGUUCAACCUGUUAAGUUUUCAAGGGUUCCUAAAAUCAGGUCAGAAAUGUAGUCAUUUAUUUACACCUCCUGCAACACAGACUAAAGUCUCAACCCUGUUACCUAAGUAGGGAUAUGGAACCUUAUAUCCAAAGAAUGUCCUGGACUAAGAUACUUGCAAACUUUUUGUUCCUGUGCCAAUUAAUGACAACUCUGAACCGACAUGCACCAAAUCUUUCAAACCCAUUUACCAUCUUCUCAUUCCUGGGUCACAUAUUAAAAUUCUUCAGUUACAUAACGUUGUUAUACUAGUUAUGGUUGGCCAGAAACAAUACAACUUAGGAAAAAUUAAUGAAAAACAAUAGUAACUUUUCAGGCUAAUGGGGGAAUAAUUAAAGUAUUUUUAAUUAAAUUGCCAAGUAUUUCUACUGAAUUUUUGAAUAAGCUCAAAACACUAUAAGAUAAAAAUCUUUUGGAAGAUAACUAUUUCUCUACCUGGAAUUAGUCUCAAGGGAAAGAGUAGUUUAAAAUAAAAUAAGUCAACUUGCAGAUUUUAAGCUCAUAGUUAAUUUCAAAAAUCUUUUAUUGGCAUAAAAAUGAAAAUGUAAAUAAAUUGGCACCAAAUAUUCCACUUCAGGAAUGUAACAUUUAGGUCAAAAAACUAUUUUAUCCCUCUUUGCUGUUUUUCCCCCUUCUGCCCACUUUCCUGGGUGUUGGGGGGGCUCGCUGACAACAGUCACAAAUCCAGCGACCUAGGAGAAAAAUUGUUAGUUAAUAUAGAGUGGAAUUUUAUUUUUACAGGAUUGAAUAUUAAGCUGUGUAAACUCCUUAACUGUCACUAAUGGUAAUACCUGGCAGAUAUUUGGCAGGAAAAGCAUUACUAAGUUCCUUAAAUGAAGGAGAAAAUGUAAAUGUCUAGAAAUCAAUGCAAGCGAUGCUGUGAAAAAUUCAGUGCAGGGUAAAGGGGUGCAAUGCCAUAUCAUAUGGAUCUUUAAAAAUUACUGUAAACCUCCCUAAAAUUCAAACACUAUCAUACUUAAAGAUAAGCUCAAUAAUACAAAUCCUAACAUAAAAUCUGUUACUGAAUUUGGCUUUUAUCAGCCUUUUGGUCAGCUCUCUAGCAGCCAUCUCUCAAGUCCUGGUAUACUGUGCUGAUAAAAGCUUUUUAAACUUCAAGUUUUUAACAGCACAAUGAUAAGCUAUAUUACAUCCUUGAUAUGAAUUACUACAGAACGUUGAAUAAUUAAGUUGCUUGCUUCCACAUGAGUCCCAGGAAACUUAGUUCUAAGCAUAUAUUUUAUAGUGUAUUAUAAAGUGUUAACUAUGCAAAUAAGUUAAAAAUACACAAUUAUCUGUGUAGUAAUUACUGUGAUUUACUCUGAUUCUUUUUUCAUUCUAAAGUUACCUGGAAUUGUCAUGCUGCCUCAGUUAAUAGAAAUUUGUUCUAAUAUGUAUAAAGGUGUAGUAGUCACUUUACUUUUCUAAACAAAUGACUUAUAAAAAUAAAAACAAAGUUUUGAAACAAA